UUUAAAACUACCAUAUUAGAUAACUAAAUCAAGGGUUUCGCCAAGUUUUGAACGCUUCAAAUCAAAUUUUGAGUUUUAAUAAAAAAUUCAAAAGAAAACUCAAGCCACCUUGAAAAAAAAUCAAUGACAAGAAGAUCUAAUCCCUUAAAGAUUUUAAGUGUCUAAGAAAUAUAUAAGAUGGUUUUCCAUAAUGUACUUAGGUCUAAAACUUUUUUCAUAUGCUUCAAAGUUCAUUUUUUCAUUUAUACUUAAGAUCAAAAACAAUGUUUAAUCAUGAAAUUAGAUAUGAAUUUGUUUCAAUCCAAAACCUUGAAACUAAUGGUUUCUAAAUUGACUUUAAAAAGGGGUUACAUAUGUUGCUAAGAAGUUUGAACCUAAAAUUGGAAGUUUUUAUGCAAUUUUGGGUGCAAUGAUUUGAGGGUCAGUCAUGGACCAGUGGAGGGCGCACAAAACCUUUUAUCUCUCUUUUGGAUGUUAACGUAUUGUUGAUUGAGGUUUUUGCUGGUUGAUCGAGGGUCAAUCGAAUCUCAAAAGUACCAACACUCACAUACAAAGUAUUAAAUGAACCAAUAACUAAUCAAUCGGUUAAACUAAAGUUUAACUAUUUGAGAAUAUUUUUUAUGGUUUUAGGUGUUGGAUGUUAUUUUCUAUAAACCAAAUAUCCCUACUAGCUUUUCGUUAAGAGUGCAUAGAAUUCAAAUUUGCAUAUUCCUUAAGUACACCACAACAUCCAUUCUAAAUUUUCUUGUCUUGUGAGCCAAGUUCAUUAUAGGGUUAAAAGAGUUAAAUUCUUGUAGAGAAUGUUCAAAGUCCAUUGUAACCUUACAAUCCAAGUGUAAGAAGGUUAAAGACUUUGGCUUUAAAGUUUUGGUAUAGUAGAACAGUAUUUUUUCUCUCUUAUUACGGUUGAAAGGCCUUGUCUCUACAUGACAGCUGAGGCUUCAAGUGAAUCUGAAAUCAACUGCUCAACAAUCUUUAGUAAUACAAUACAAAUUCAUUAGUCACAGUAGCUGCAACCCAACAAAGCCAAUCAUCCUUUGGUGAAAACCCAAUACAAAUUCAAAACUUCCAUUGAUUCUUCCCCAGAAAUCAACUUCAUAAGUAGUAAUAAUCAUUGAUUUUUCCAUAUCAUUAAAGCAAUUGUAAUGAGAUGGUCCACAAUGUGUUUGAUAAAAUGUGGCAAUGAACUCUAAGCACUUAGUCUUUUAACCUUGAAUCUGAUAUUGGUUGUUACAGGUCUAUUUUCAGGGGAAAAGAUGGAAGACCAACAUACAAGAAUGUGAGAAUUGGCUGUUCAUGGCUUAUAAGCGUGUGCAAAACCUUCUUCAUGGCCAAAAGUAUCGGAAAACUAUGCGAAAUGGAGGUAUGCAGAUCAGUACAACGCGUAAUAGCCAUUCAGAAGAACAUAUUCCUUUUGAAUGGUAUGACAAGGCCUUUCCACAAAUGGUAAAAUUGAGUCAGCUGUUGAAAAAUGUGGAUUCGAUUGAUGGAAGGUUAGUUAAUAUUGAUGAUUAUUCGAUUGUCUUCGAUGAGCAUAUUGAACAAAGAAUGCAGACUUUCAAGUCGCUCGCUCGAGCUUUUCUCGGGUCUCCAUUGAUGCAGCAAGCAGUGAAGAAGAAUAUGGCGUCACUGGCAGCUGGGCAAUGCACAUUGCCUGAUUGUUUCAGUAAACCGAAUGAAAGGGAGCCAAUGACUGUGAAUUCACUGACUAAAGUCUGCAACUUCUUGAACAUUUCUGCUCAGCAAAGGAAGGAAGUACGUUUCACAGUAUGCUCACAAGUCACACAGCAUCGGAUAUGGGUGGGUGCGCUGGAGGAGAUACUGAAUGGAUUGAAAUCCGAGAUGGAGUCUCUGGAUCAUCAACGUCAUCCUCCAGGCAAAGGGAUGAUGAUGGGGCAGCAAAUAGUCUUGAGCUGCCUGAAUUUCUUAGCUGAUAAGGCCAUUUCCUAUGAUCCUGACUCUACUUCAUGGAUGCGGCCUGCGCCUGCAAGAGCACCCGAAUCCCCUUCUCGUAAAUGGGGAGAAGUUCUGGUGAUGUUCAACCACCUCCUCAAGUGUUUAAGAACUGCUGAGAAGGGACUACUUUUACAUGUCUCAAAGCUGGAGGCCAUGAAAGAGGGGUUGUCUCAGAUCAAGGAUGUGUUGGUAGAUAGAAAUAUAGGAUACAAGGAGGCUAGGCACCAAGAAAGCCUAGUGCAGAAAAAGCUUGGAAAGACGCUGGGUCACUCCUCCCGGUGCUUGUUCACACUAUUGGUAUACUAUCUCUACGGUAGCAUCAGAGACAUUGAAGUAGAAGUCUGUGGUGGGGUGUAUGGAAGUGAGGGUGGGGAUAGGUUCUGCUUAUACAUGGGGAGGAUUCUGACUUCAGAUGAGGAGAAAAUGGUGUGGAGUGGGGUGAAGCAGUUGGAUAGGGCACUUGGUCUCUUCAAAUUCGUAUGGGAGACUGCAAAAAUGAAGGGGGUUUUGGAGCUGCAAGGUCAUCUAUGGUGUGUAGGGGCUGAGGAGAGGUCAUUUAAGUAUAGGGGAAAUGUGUUUUUUGUACAUAGGAUUAAUAUCUGAUCAGAGGAUCUCUCCAAAAUCAGUUUGAAGGGCAUUCUGGGACUCCUCUGAGGAUUCAAACCUCCAGGCAUGUGUUCUUUUGCCCUUUCAUUUGAUAUGUCAUUUAGUCAUUUCCAUUUAAAAUGGUGAACGUAUCAAUGGAGCAUUCUUUUUGUUAAUUUUCAUUUUUCA